UGGCGCCUAGAUGUCGCCUAUGUCGCGCUAAUGCGCUAGAGACGCCAAAAAGCGCGGGUGGUAAAAGGUGGUUGGGCGAAGCGCAUGUGGAAUGGUGUUUGCUCGUGAGCGCGUGCAUUUUGGUCUAGACGCCUGGUGAAAAUGGAUUGUUCGGUUGAAUUGCGACCCUUACUUAAACUGUGCAAGGUUCAGGCGCUUCUGUGGGACCUCGCAGGUGGCCAUGUCGCCAGUGAAUGUGCGUCUUCAAGAAUUAAAAUCGUCGUGAAUGCAAAAGAGGAUGAUGCCAGCUGCGUUCAGACGGAGCUGAUUUUCCCCGAUAACAUUGUGUUCGAAGUCGACACUAUGACGAUCCCCCUAGAAACCGGGGUCCUCAGGGACCGGAAAGGAUUUGUCCAGCCGAUGCCAUGCCGAGAACUGACUUUCAACGUACGUUUCCACAAGUCGGCCGGCUCGGACUCGGAGCCGAAGAUGGAGCCUUUCGUGGAACCUGCCGUUGUCGCUGGAACCGUCUACUGCUUCCAGUGUGUGAAAUGCAAUACGAGAAUUCUCGGCGGAGGAGUAAAAUUUCGCAGAGUCCUGCCGCUGCCAUCCGAUGAUUGGAAAGAGGCAAUGGGCGAAUGGUUUUGUCACAAGCAUGAAACUGCAAGCAGCGAUGCCCUGCCCGAUGUUCUCUCACCGAAACCGGACGAGCUGUUCACGUCCGCGGCGCACCUGCUGGUGCAUGACAAAAACGUUCGAGAAGGCGACUUCGACAGGGAAAACGGAAAAGUGCGUUGUGGCAUGUGCCACAUUGUGGUGGGGAGAAAGGCGACUCCAUCGUCUACAGCAUUGUUUACGACUCGCGUGACAGUAACCCCUGCCAACGUGGAAGAUAGCAGCCCCGUCGGUGGCGUCGACAAGUCUCGCCUACUGAGAAGCUUCAUCAAAGAGCGGCUGCAGCUGAGCAUGACCUGCAGGAUUGUGCUGGCUUCCGGCAACCAGGUGCUGCUGCUGUGGCUGAUGGAAACUGGCCUGCAGCACUUCUACUCCAGGGAGGUGCAGCGUAAAGAAGUGCGCGUCGACCUGCAGGUGGGCAGCAAGCUGCUGUACCUGGAAACUGAUGCCUCUGACGCCGUUGUAUCCAACUGGAAGGAGGAUCCCUUAGUUGGCCAGUACCAACUCGAACCGGAAGUGAUGGAAGACACUCUCUGCUACCUCCGGACGUACUGCAGCUCGAUGGGCGCCACCUUCGAGCGCUUCCACGUUAUUUUUCUACCAGGAGUGGUGGCCAAGCCUUAGCCUCAUCUGUGUGUGUUCGUGUGCAGAUUGUCGCCUGAAUAAAGUUUCGGCAGUUUCCUU